AUGGCUACUCAGAGAAAGUCGCACGUCUUCCGGGUGACAGGCCUCUUGAGGGAACUGCCUGAUGGGGAUCUCGCGGCCGCGUUACAAGAGGCCAUCACCGACAACUUGGCAGAUGACGAGUUAUCGCACCUGAAGGCUGAGAUCACAAUAUUGCCUUCGUGCUAUGAAACUGACACACAAAGGGUGGCCCUGGUGCAGUUCCGUGGUGAAGUGCCCCAGUUCCUUCGUGAGCUGAGAGUCGACCCGCUUGAAGACUGGCAGAUCGAGAUGGGCGAUGAUGACAUCAACUUUGAAAGCCACUUCUUUGGAUUCACUCAGCUCUAUGCGACAGACGAUCAGGAGCCAGUGUUUGCGGACAUCAUCGCCAUCGCCGGGUUAGAUGGACAUGCAUACGGAUCGUGGCAGGGCAGAGGAAAUCUCGGUCGGAUGUGGCUCCGUGACUUCCUGUCGAAGGAUCUUCCGCAGUGCCGCACCAUGAUCUACGGGUAUAACUCGAAGCUGUCCAGCCACGGCGUCGAUACGAUCCUCGACUACGGGCGGGAGCUGAUGGAGGAGAUCAAGAAAGUUCGAAACACGAAGGAGCUCCAGCAGAGACCUCUGAUAUUCAUCGCACACAGUUUUGGAGGCAUUAUCUUGGCUCACUGCCUGGUGAAGGCCAUCCAGACGAGGGAUGAAGACCACCCGGCGAUCACGUCGCUAUAUCCAGCCACAUACAGCAUGAUCCUCUUUGCUAUCCCACAUAAAGGAUUAGUGAUGGACGACAUCCAGCAGAUGAUGGGUGGCGAUAAGAGCCACCCGCGAGAGCAACUACUACAACAGAUCUCUAGUAACUCGGACCUACUAAUCCAUCAACUGACCGACUUCAAGAAUCUGAUCCGGGACCGUAAGGUGGUCAGUUUCUACGAGACGGAGCAGACAAGACGGUUGGUAUUGGACUCGGAAAGCGGACGAUGGAAACGCACUGGGGAUUUUAUGACGAUAGUGGGCGCAAACUCGGCUCUUCUCCAGCUCCCCGAUCAUGUAGAGGACAAGGUGCCGCUACAUGCCGAUCACUCGAUGCUGGUCAAAUUCGACGCGCGCAACGCGGCUGGAUAUCGAACGACGCUCGAUAAGCUACAGCAGUUCGCAAAGGACGCGCCAGCAGUGGUGGCGGCGCGGUUCACGCAGACGCGAUCGAAGGCCCAUCCGUGCUCCACAGUGCCUUUCAAGAAGGACCCAAUGUUUGUGGGCCGUGAAAAUAUCCUCAGUGCGAUCAAGGAAAGACACAAGGUGGUCGGCCAGGCUCAUAAGCGGGUGGCACUGGUGGGGUUGGCUGGCGUCGGAAAAACGCAGACGGCUAUCGAAUAUUCCUAUCGCGUGCGAGAAUCCAUAGCAGACAUGUGGGUUUUUUGGAUCCACGCCAGCAAUGCAUCACGGUUAGAACAGGGCUACCAGCAGAUUGCUGCGGUCGCAGAGAUUCCGGGACGGGACGACCCAAAGACCAACAUCCUCCAGCUCGUGUUCCAGUGGUUGUGUGAUGCACGCAACGGGCGGUGGCUGAUGGUGCUGGAUAAUGCAGAUGACGAUGGUAUCUUCUUUAGUGAUACUGGAUCCAAUGAGCGAGGGCCACUGGUGAAGUUUCUGCCCGAUGCCGCCCAUGGAUCCAUCCUGAUCACAUCGCGAAAUGGUCUUGCGGCGCGGAAUCUGGUGGGGAGCGACGGUCAUGUGAUCACAAUUCAGCCAAUGAACGAAGAGGAGUCCCUCGCCCUGUUACGGUCAAGGAUCCCGUUCACCCAAUCUGGAGAGUCUGGAGAGGACGAGAAGGCACUGGUCCAGGCACUGGAAUACAUUCCGCUGGCAAUCACCCAGGCGGGGUCUUAUGUUGCAAAUCGAUCACCUCGGGUUACGGUUUCCCGGUACCUUCAGUUGUUCCGCGAGAGCGAGUCAAACCAGACCCAUCUUCUUCAGCAUGAGGACGCCAAAGACCUUCGGCGGGACUCCAGUAUCCGGUAUGCGGUCAUUACGACAUGGCAGCUAUCUUUUGAGCAAAUCCGCCAGGAGCGGCCGGCGGCAACGGAUUUGCUUGCGUUAAUGAGUAUGUUUGAUCGACAGGGCAUCCCAGAAGGCCUCGUCCGUGGGGAUGGUGAUGGGCUCCAAUUUGAAGAUGCAGUAGCGCCGUUGGUCAGUUAUUCUCUUAUUCGGGUUGAGUAUGAAACAGGGUCGUUUGAUAUGCACCGACUGGUCCAGUUAUCGGUCCGGACGUGGCUGUCGAUCCACCUCGUGCUGGCACGGUGGCAAGAGAAGUCGCGAGCGAUCAUGGCAGAGAUGUUCCCCGAUGGAGAGUACGAAAGCUGGAAUGAAUGCCAAAGGCUACUUCCGCAUGCAAAAGAGGUGACGAAGUCUACAUCUAAUCAGCAUGAAGAGGAUCUAUUGCAUACGGCCACCCUCUUAUCUAAUUGUGGAUGGUUUCUAGAUCUUCAAGGAGUUUAUGAAGAGGCGGAAGCGAUGCAUCGACGGGCGUUGGAAGCAAGAGAGAAGGUGCUUGGACGCGAGCAUCCUAACACGCUCACCAGUGUGAAUAACCUUGGCCACGUGUUCUCCAGCCAAGGGAAAUAUAAAGAGGCGGAAGGGUUGCAUCGACGGGCAUUGGAAGGGUAUGAGAAGGUGCUUGGACGCGAGCAUCCUGACACGCUCAGCAGUGUCAGUCACCUUGGCCACGUGUUCUCCAGGCAAGGGAAAUAUGAAGAGGCGGAAGCGAUGGAUCGACGGGCAUUGGAAGGGUAUGAGAGGGUGCUUGGACGCGAGCAUCCUUACACGCUCAGCAGUGUCAGUCACCUUGGCUUCGUGCUCUCCAGGCAAGGGAAAUAUGAAGAGGCGGAAGCGAUGCAUCGACAGGCGUUGGAAGCAAAAGAGAAGGUGCUUGGACACGAGCAUCCCGACACGCUCACCAGUGUCAGUAAUCUUGGCUUAGUGUUCUCCAGGCAAGGGAAAUAUGAAGAGGCAGAAGCGAUGCAUCGACGGGCGCUGGAAGCACGAGAGAAGGUGCUUGGACGCGAGCAUCCCGACACGCUCACCAGCGUCAGCAACCUUGGCAGUGUGCUCUCCAGCCAAGGGAAAUAUGAAGAGGCGGAAGCCCUCCGUCCACGGGAAUUGAAAGACCUAUCCUUAGAGACUGUAAGUUCUAGCACCCUCAUGCAGCAAGGGAUCCUGCCUAAGAACAUAUUCCCCACUCCUCAUCCGUUGCUUCAAUUGUCGCAAAGGCAUCAUCGAUCACUGCGAGAGAGACAUGACUGUGACCUCGACUGA